ACAAUGGGAGCAGCAGUCUCUGAGCAGGCGCUGUGCAGGGCAGCCGGUUUGACGUCACGCGAAGCGCCGGGUGACCGAAGGACCCGAGUGUCAGAGAGGAGGAAACAGCCGGAGAAACGAAACCGGAGCCCGCGGCACGGAGCAACCGUCAGUGAAACUCCUCGUUCUCCCUCUUUCGCACAGCCGCAUGCUGCUCCAUCCCGGACGCUGGUGAUGCCCUGAAGCAGAGCUCACAAUCCGUGUCAUCUGGGAAUUCUGUCACUUUCCGAGCUGCCUCCCAUGCGCCCUAAGUGAGAAUGAAGAGACGAGCUGAGCGCGACCUCCAGACCAACACCCAGAGUCGACAGAAGAAGCGCAUUGAAGAAUUGGGGCUCAACUUGAGCUCAACCUCGGAUGAUGACACUCAGCACAGCAAUCAUGGCACCCAAGAGUCUUCCACAAGUGGUACUGGCUCCGACAGUGAGAACGAUGAGAAGAGACCGGUUUUCGGGUUCGGGGGUAAAGCGAGCACCGCAGACCCUCUGGCAGAAGGAACAUCCUCUAAUUUUGCCAUGUUUAACAGCGUCUCUCAGAAGCUCAUGGCCAAGAUGGGUUUCCGUGAGGGAGAAGGCUUGGGGAAGUACGGUCAGGGCCGAAAAGAGAUCAUUGAGACGUCCAAACAGAAAGGAAGGAGAGGUCUGGGACUCAUCUUGAAAGGGUUCGAGAAGGAACUCAAUGUGAGCUGGAGAGACAUGCCAGAGGCCACAGCUUAUGAAGAAAUCGACUGGUACCCAGAAUGCACCACAGAGAUUCCCGAUGCUGACGAACUGUCUGAUUGGAUGACAGUAGGCAAGAGGAAGAUGAUCAUAGACGACGAGACAGAGUUCUGCCGCGAGCACCUUCUGGGAAGCCUUUUGGAGUGCAAGAGUGCGUUUGAUGAGCUGGAAGGUGAGGAGAUGAGACGAGCCAGGUCACGAUCUAACCCGUAUGAGAUGAUUCGAGGGGUCUUCUUCCUGAACAGGGCGGCGAUGAAGAUGGCCAAUAUUGACCACGUGUUCGAUUACAUGUUUACAAAUCCCAAGGACUCUCAAGGGAAACCACUGUUGAAGGAUCGGGAGUCAGAGUUGCUUUAUUUUGCGGAUGUUUGCGCCGGCCCAGGUGGGUUCUCAGAGUACGUCUUGUGGAGGAAGAAGUGGCACGCCAAGGGGUUUGGAAUGACCCUAAAGGGACCCAAUGACUUCAAGCUAGAGGACUUCUACUCUGCGUCCAGUGAACUCUUUGAACCUUAUUAUGGUGAAGGAGGGGUGGAUGGGGAUGGGGAUGUCACCCGUCCGGAGAACAUCACAGCUUUUCGUAACUUUGUUCUGGACAAUACAGACCAUAAGGGAGUACACUUUAUGAUGGCAGAUGGGGGUUUCUCUGUGGAGGGGCAGGAGAACAUACAGGAGAUACUCUGCAAACAGCUGCUGCUCUGCCAGUUUCUGGUGGGACUCUCCGUCGUCCGUAUAGGAGGACAUUUCAUCUGCAAGACCUUCGACCUGUUCACCCCAUUCAGUGUGGGUCUGAUUUACUUACUGUACUGCUGCUUUGAACACGUCUGCCUCUUCAAGCCAGUGACCAGCCGACCGGCAAACUCCGAAAGGUAUGUGGUGUGUCGAGGCUUGAAGGCAGGCAUAGAAGACGUGCGCAAUUACUUGUUUACCGUCAACCUGCGCCUCAACCAGCUGCGUAACUCUGAUCAGGAUGUGAAUCUAGUGGUGCCUUUAGAGGUGCUGAGAGGAGACCGUCAGUUUUACGAGUACAUGGUCCGCUCCAAUGAGAGCUAUUGCGAGGUACAAAUUAAAGCUUUGGCUAAGAUCCACGCCUUUGUUCAAGACUCGACCAUAACUGAGCCGCGCCAGGCCGACAUACGCAAAGAGUGCCUAAAACUGUGGGGGAUUCCCGACCAGGCUCGAGUGGCCCCAACGAACACCGACCCAAAGACCAAGUUCUUCCAGCUCAUACAGGGCCGGGACAUUGAGGUUUUCAGUUACAAACCCACCCCGCUCACCGCAAAGACCCUGGAGAAGCUGAGCCACGUUCUAGACUAUCGGUGUAUGGUGUCUGGCAGUGAGCAGAAGUUCCUCUUAGGAUUAGGUAGGUCUCAGAUCUACACGUGGGGGGGCCGCCCUUCCGACCGCUGGACUAAAUUGGACUUAAGGACAGAGCUUCCCCGAGACACCCUUCUGUCGGUGGAGAUUGUCUAUGAACUGAAAGGCGAGGGUAAGGCACAGAGAAAGAUCGGCGCCAUCCACAUCCUUGAUGUUCUCUUCCUGAACGGAAUGGACGUUCGGCCGCAUCACUUCAACCUGCGGAUACAGCUGGCAGAGAAGUACGUCAAAGCCGUCUCUAAGCCCAGUCGCCCCGACAUGAACCCCAUCCGGGUAAAGGAAGUUUACCGACUAGAAGAGAUACAGAAGAUCUUCCUAAGGCUGGAGAUGAAGAUGAUCAAGAGUUCUGGUGGGAUACCACGGCUGUCCUAUACUGGAAGAGAUGACCGUCACUUUGUGCCGUCCGGAUUGUACAUUGUGAAGACUGUGAAUGACCCAUGGACGAUGGCCUUCAGCAAGAGCCGCAACCGCAAAUAUUUCUACAACCUCAAGACCCAAAAGUCCAUGUAUGAAGUCCCUGUGGAGUCCAUAGCACCAUUUCACAUCUGCUACUCUGAACGGCUCUUUUGGGAGUGGAACGAAGGCGUCCAGAUACACGAGUCUCAAAAACGGGACCCUAGCCCAGACAAGCUCUCCAAGGACGACGUCCUCCACUUUAUUCGGAUGCACCAGCCCUCGUCUUCCGGGGCCAGAGAGGAGAGGUAGUACUGCAUCGGACACACCUCUCCCCAUUACUCCCCUCUCGGACUCAGAUAGCCGAUCAGCUCUUAAAGUGAUUUGAAGCUUGAGCGAGGGGAUUCUAGGGGGUUUUAUCCCCCUAUCUACCUUUAUUAAAGAAGUCUGACUUGCACUGCAGAUGAGAGAAAGUCAUUGGCCUAGAUCCUCUUUCUGCUCCUGUUGUUGCUCCACUGGUACCUUGUCUGGUCUCUUUUUUUUUUUUUUUUUGGAGGGGUACAAUGCCGGUGGUGACACUUGCUUUAUUUUUAAAUACACAUUUACUUUUUUUUUUUCAUGGUAUUGAACUAUAACAAAACAUCUGAACCCAAACUCUAUGAAACCGCGCCAAGCACAAGCUAUUAAAGGUAUAGUUUAAAGAUACACAGAUUUAUCAGAUUUAAGAUUAAAUGUAGAAAAAAAAAACAGUCUUACCCACCUCGUCUCAUUCUAUAGGUGCAGUAUUUUCCGUAAAUACUUGGACUGAUGCGUGCAAGGGAGAUUCACAUGCACGCAGACGCAUCGGAUGGUAUUUUUUUAGGAACUCUGCUUUACCGCUCAUGUUUAUUGUGUAUCUCAUGUCAAAGAGUUACUGACGUCGCCAAACACAGUGGUGUUUAGAAGUUCUGGAUUUCAGCCACAUUGAGUGUAUCCCCACUGAGCAGGGCAGCAUUCAUUACAAUGGGACUGAUGCUAUGAGAGACUGCGGAAAGGAAUUACGUCCCAUGCUUUGGGGGAUCGCCUCACUCCUACAGCAAUAAACUCUACAAACUGGAUACCACUAGGUUAUAGUACUGUAAUCUGGAUCAGUAAAGACCGAUGUGUUUACCA